AUGGGGGAAAACGAUGAUGAAAAAUACAGUCAAGCUGGCCAGAUAUUUGAAAACUUUGUACAAGCAUCAACGUGCAAAGGUACCAUUCAGGCCUUUAAUAUCCUCACUCGCCAACUUGAAUUAGAUCCUUUGGACAAUAGAAACUUUUACACCAAACUGAAGUCAAGAGUGACCACGUGGAAGGCCAAAGCUUUGUGGAACAAGCUUGAUAAAAGAGCAAGCCACAAAGAGUAUAAACGCGGAAAAUCUUGUAUGAACACUAAGUGUUUAAUUAUUGGAGGUGGCCCAUGUGGCUUGCGGACUGCCAUAGAACUUGCCUUCCUGGGAGCCAAAGUCGUUGUCGUGGAGAAGCGGGACACUUUUUCAAGAAACAAUGUGUUGCAUCUCUGGCCAUUUACAAUCCACGACCUUCGGGGACUGGGAGCAAAGAAAUUUUAUGGAAAAUUCUGUGCAGGAUCUAUUGAUCACAUCAGUAUUCGACAACUUCAGCUUAUCCUCUUCAAAGUUGCACUUAUACUAGGAGUUGAAAUCCACGUGAAUCUAGAAUUUGUGAAAGUCUUGGAACCUCCUGAAGAUCAAGAAAACCAAAAGAUAGGUUGGAGGGCUGAGUUUCUCCCCAUGGAUCACCCGUUGUCAGAGUAUGAAUUUGAUGUUAUUAUUGGUGCGGAUGGCCGUAGGAACACAUUAGAAGGUUUCAGGAGGAAGGAGUUUCGUGGAAAGCUAGCUAUAGCUAUUACUGCCAAUUUUAUAAACCGAAAUACAACUGCAGAAGCCAAGGUAGAAGAAAUUAGUGGUGUUGCUUUCAUCUUCAAUCAGAAGUUCUUCCAGGACCUUAAAGAGGAAACGGGAAUUGACCUGGAGAAUAUUGUUUACUACAAAGAUAGCACUCAUUAUUUUGUGAUGACAGCAAAAAAGCAGAGUCUUCUGGACAAAGGAGUGAUUAUUAAUGACUGCAUUGAUACUGAGCUGCUCCUCUGUGGGGAAAAUGUGAACCAGAGCAAUUUGCUGUCCUAUGCCAGAGAAGCUGCUGACUUUGCAACCAAUUACCAGCUGCCUUCCUUAGAUUUUGCAAUUAAUCACUACGGGCAACCAGAUGUAGCUAUGUUUGAUUUUACUUCCAUGUAUGCAUCUGAAAACGCUGCACUAGUGAGAGAGAGGCACAGACAUCCUCUCCUGGUGGCGCUUGUUGGAGAUAGCUUGCUUGAGCCCUUCUGGCCAAUGGGUACUGGCUGUGCAAGAGGCUUCUUAGCUGCUUUUGAUACUGCAUGGAUGGUGCGGAGCUGGGCUCAAGGAAAACCCCCGUUAGAAAUCCUUGCUGAAAGGGAGAGCAUUUAUCGACUCUUGCCUCAGACUACCCCUGAAAAUAUUAAUAAGAACUUUGACCAGUAUACCAUUGACCCAGGAACCAGAUACCCAAACUUGAACUCAAGCUGUGUUCGACCUCAUCAGGUGAGACAGUUAUAUGUUACCAAUGAGUUACAACAAUGUCCUCUUGAAAGAGUAAGCUCUAUUAGAAGAUCAGUGAAUCUCUCAAGACAUGAGUCAGAUAUUCGGCCUAACAAGCUUUUGACCUGGUGUCAGAAACAGACAGAAGGGUACCGUAAUGUUAACGUCACAGACCUGACUACCUCCUGGAAAAGUGGCCUUGCAUUGUGUGCAAUUAUCCAUCGCUUCAGACCUGACCUCAUUGACUUUGAUGCUCUGAACGAAGAGGACGUUGUCAAAAAUAACCAGCUGGCAUUCGAUGUUGCUGAACAGGAGUUUGGGAUCCCACCUGUGACCACGGGGAAGGAGGUGGGGUCAGCCGGGGAGCCCGACAAGCUCAGCAUGGUCAUGUACCUCUCCAAGUUUUACGAACUGUUCAGAGGUACACCUCUGCAGGCAGUAGAUGCUGGGGACAGGCAAAAUGGAGAAAAUAAUGAUCUUUGUUCAGCAAAAUCAUCAAACUUCAUCUUUAAUAAUUACAUCAAUUUAACUUCACCAAGAAAACGAGUACCAAAGGUUGAAGGAAAACGAGAAGAAAAUGAGUCUAACAAAAGACGUCGAAAAGGUCUUUUUGGCGUCUUUGAGGAGGCUUCAGGCUUUUCAGGCCAAGGCACAAAUGCUGGAAAAGAGCAGAGUGAUAGCAGAGAAGGAAUGAACCAGAAUAAAGUUAAAUCAAUGGCAACUCAGUUGCUGGCGAAGUUUGAAGAGAAUGCUCCAAAUACAAUUUUUCGGAGGCAGGAGCCAAUAGAUAGACCAGCCCUCCUGUCUUCUGAGCCUCCUGUUAACCCUCGCUUUGCUAAACCUAAGGAUCCAAGUCUUCUUCCACCUCAACCAAAAAGGCAGUUUCAGGUAGCUAGGAGUGAACACGAGGUCAGGGAAACCAAACAGUCUUUAAAUGAUUCUGAUCAUAUGGCCAGGAGAGCAAAGACUGUACAAAAGCCAGAUACCCAGCCCAGUCUGUCAGAAACCUCUGAAAAUCUCGCAUCUGCCUGUUCUGCUGCAUUUGUACUUUCUGGAGUGCUUGAGCGUCUUCAGCACCUGGAGGAAAAAAUGAAACAGAAAAGAGCUCAGACCAUAGCAAAUAGGGAAUUCCAUAAAAAGAACAUUAAAGAGAAAGCAGCACAUCUUGCCUCAAUGUUUGGAUGCAUGGAGUUUCCAAAGAAUAAGCUACCUGCUAAAGGCUUAUCCCAUUCUCAGCCCCCAACUCCCUCUUGCCCUCUACCUCAUGAUUCAGCUGCUGCCUCUUCUCCAUCAUCUGUCGAUUCAGCUUCCUCUGCUGUUCCUUCUAGACAGAUUGCUCCAAUGGGUGGAGAACAGAAAUCACUCCUAAUGAAUUGCAAGAUGACUGUAGGAAAGGUCUCACGUGCAAUUGGAGCUGUGGCUGAAGUUCUUGUCAAUCUAUAUGUGAAUGAUCACAGACCCAAGCCACAGCUUCCUGCCCUUGAACUGAAGCGGCCUCUGAACAGAGCUACAGGUUCUUCCCCCAUUCCUCAUUCUCCAUCUCCUGCCUCCACUGCUCAGAGCUGUCAGGUAUUGGGAAGUGAAGGAAGGUGGUGUGGGUCUCUGCGAAAAGAAUUUCCUCAGUCAAUUGGGGGGAGUGACAUUUGUUAUUUCUGCAAAAAACGGGUAUAUGUUAUGGAGCGGCUGAGUGCAGAAGGCCACUUCUUUCAUAGGGAGUGCUUCAAGUGUGAAAUAUGUUCUACAACACUCCGUUUAGGAAUUUAUGCCUUUGAUGUUGAAGAAGGUAAAUUUUACUGCAAACCUCAUUUUACGCACUGCAAAAUCAGUACUAAACACAGAAAGAGAAGAGCAACUUUACAGCUCCAGGGAAAGGAGGCAACAGAAGCAUGGAAGAAAGAGGAACCCAAACCUGCAGAGACCAUCACAGAAAGCACUUUGUCUACUGCUAGCAGUCCAGAGGACAGGUCCCCAGUCCAAUUCAUCAUUCCGGUGCUGCACCCGCUCACUGGCUGAAGCCUUUCUGCUCUCAGAGUCGUCCUAGCUCUUCCUGGCCAGUGAGGAUUCUGUCCUUCUCUUCCUAAAUCUUCUGUCUUCAUUUGACUUUACAACUGAAUAUUUUCAUAAAAUAGUUUUUAACGCUGUAUUUAAAUUUUCACAUGGAAAUUCUGUAUUUUGCACAUGGUGAAAAUUGUUUUAGCUUUAUUUAUGAUAUCUGCUGUAAACAAAAAUA